GUUAGUGAUCUAUUAUGUAAUCUGCUUAUGUCACAUCUUACAACACACUCCUCUGCCUCGGUUCUCGCCAUUCACUCACCACCUCUGCUCAUCUCAUCUCUCUACUCCCCCUCUACUCAGGACUCCACUUCACCAUGUCCCACCUCUCCACCCUCAAUCCCCUCCUCCUCGACCCCUCCAGACCAACCCUCUUCGAGCUCGUCUCCGCCAGCCAGCUCUCGGACCUCCUCUCCCCCACCGUCCGCUACAUCCUCGCCUCUCUGGCCUCCCGCCAUCCCCGCUACCUCCUCCGUCUCGUCCUUCACUUCGAUGAGCUCUACGCCCUUCUCUCUGCCGCAAUUGAGCUGCGAUGUCUGAAGCUAUCGAACGCGUCCUUCACCGAGUCCUUCUACGACCUCGCCCGCCGCCGCGUCCUCAAAGCUGAUCGCGCCGUCGUCGCCGCCAGCGGAAGCCUGCCCUCGGUCCAGCACAAAGUCGACCGUCUCGCCGCUCUACGUCCGAGAGAGAUCUAUUCUUCCUUAUUUGCACUUGUUGGUCUCCCGUACAUUCUCACCAAACUCGAUCUCUACUAUGAAUCUCUGCAGGCUGCCUCCGUCUUCAGAUCACACGCUCAGCGCAGUAAUCCCGACGACAGCAACGCCGAUCCCAUCGCAAGACGAAAGCUCAAGCUGAAGCUCUUCAUCACAAAGUACUUUGCAAAGCUCUAUCCUUCCCUCAAGCUCUCUGCAAGCACCAUCUCCCUCCUGCUCUCCAUCCUCUAUCUCUUUGGCCGCACGCCAUACCACUCCCUCACAGACUUCUUACUCGCCAUCCGCUAUACGCGACAGUCUCCCGACUCUGCUCCUUUCUCAUCUCCUUCUCGCUCUUCUUCUUCUUCUUCCUCCUCCUCUCUUUCAUCCCCCUCACCACUGCGCAAACUCAUCGCCCUCGCUCUCCGCGCUUCUGAUCUCACCCUCAAAGGCGUCCUCCCGACCGCCGUCUUUGCUCUCAAACUACUCGAGUGGUGGCACGCCUCUGACUUUCCCCGUCAACUUGCGCAGUCUACUCGUCGAAGACAGCGCGAAGAACUGCAGCAGCAGCAGCAGCAGCAGCAGCAGCUUGACGAGAUGGAUGCAGAGAACGACGAGCAGAGCGCUGAAGAACCCAAGUACGCCCUCGAUCCUCCUGAUCUGCCCUCACCAACUUCCGACACCUCUCCCGACGACGACAAAGAAACCAACGAACAAUGCGCAAUCUGCCACCACAAAAUCAAGGAACCCACCGCUAUCGAGACCGGCCAGGUAUUCUGCUACUCCUGCAUCUACUCCUACAUCAACUCCUCCGCCGCAAACUCGCCCGUCCGCUGUCCGGUCACCAAGCAACGUCUUCUUCUCUGCCGCUACGACGCAGUCACCGAGUCCUGGCUUGUUGGAGGCCUUCGCAGACUUGUUGUCUGA